AUGGCUAACCAGAGCUUUGCCAUGGACGGCCCGGGCAGUUUGAUGGCUGUGCUGGCGUCACAGAGCGGACUGGCACGAGGCGGCAGCAGCAGCGGCGGCAGCAGCAGUGACGGCAGCGGCAGCGGAGGGGUCUCUGCCACAGAUAUGUCUGCCUACUUUAAGCUGGUCUUCUUGGGUCUGAUCAUCUGUGUCAGCCUGGUAGGAAACCUCUUGGUGUCCCUUCUGGUCCUACGAGACAGGACACUCCACAAGGCCCCUUACUUCUUUCUCCUGGACCUGUGCCUGGCCGAUGCGGUCCGCUCAGCCGCCUGCUUCCCCUUCGUGCUGGUGUCCGUCCACCACAGCUCCACCUGGACCUACAGCGCCUUGAGCUGUAAAGUCGUGGCUUUUAUGGCCGUGCUCUUUUGUUUUCACGCUGCCUUCAUGCUGUUCUGUGUGGCUGUCACCCGCUACCUUGCCAUCGCCCACCACCGAUUCUACGCCAAGCGCAUGACCAUCUGGACCUGCGCUGCCAUCAUUUGCAUGGUGUGGACACUGGCCGUCGCCAUGGCGUUCCCACCUGUCUUCGACGUCGGGACGUACAAGUUCAUCCGUGACGAGGACCAGUGUAUUUUUGAACACCGCUACCUGAAGACCAACGACACCCUGGGCUUCAUGCUCAUGCUGGCGGUGGUGGUCCUGGCCACCCACGGCUUCUACGCCAAGCUGCUGCUGUUUGAGUACCGGCACCGCAAGAUGAAACCCGUCCAGCUCGUGCCGGCCAUCAGCCAGAACUGGACCUUCCACGGUCCCGGGGCCACAGGUCAAGCUGCAGCCAAUUGGAUUGCCGGGUUCGGCCGCGGCCCCAUGCCACCCACUCUGCUGGGCAUCAGGCAAAAUCUACACAAUCAACACCGGCGGCUGCUCGGGAUGGAAGAGGUGAGGUCAGAACGGAGGCUGGGCAGGAUGUUCUACACCAUCACCCUGCUCUUCCUGGUCCUCUGGGCUCCCUACAUCGUGGCGUGUUUCUGGAGGGUGUUUGUGAAGUCCUGCACCAUCCCUCAGCGGUACCUGUCCAUCACAGUGUGGAUGAGCUUCGCCCAGGCCGGAGUCAACCCCAUCUUCUGCCUCCUGCUCAACGAGGACCUGAGGAAAGUGCUGCGAGCUCACCUGCCCACCUACUGGAGGACUAAACAACACCUGCCCCAGGACGAGGCCUACUGCAUCAUGUGA